AAUGAUAUUGUGGCAGCAUCUGUUGUAGGAAAAUGUAUACUUGCAAUCCUUACUAUUUUACUGUUGACCUCUGGGUCUUAGAGAGUGAAUUGUAUGGUUUCUGUUCCAAAUCCUGCACUCAUCCAUUGCCCAUAUGUUUUACAGUUGGUUGGUCACUCUUUUUCCUACUUCAACAUUAGUUUCAUUUUACCCUUGAUAUCUUGUCAGGCGAAACCCAUCAAACAUAACAGCACUUCUAUCUCCAUCCCUGCAUUGUCCACAUCACAGCAGCAUCCCCUGAAGGCACUUGUAGAACAUGGCAUUGGUUGUGUAAUUGUCUUUGAAUACUUAUUUUUCCAGUUGCAGGUCAAGGAUAGGGGUACUACAAGGGGGGAUUUGCCACAGCAUCUGACACUGAUUGUCCAAAAAUAUCAGAAAUCAGGUGUCCAAGAAAUUGUUAAUGCAUGCAUUGCGGAAGCCUUCCAGCAACAUGGUGAAUGGGUGGAUGAUUUAUGCCCCAAGCUUGUGGGUAUAGCACAGGCACAGGCACACCAGAUGUGUAAGACAUAUUCUUUACCACAAUGAUGGAAGUCCUAUUUGAAUUGUCCACAGCAAAGACAUUCCUGGAAUGAA